AUGGCUAAUGGAGCUACUCGUCUUUAUCUCUCUUUGGUUGAUCCUGCCUUAACUCGUCACGAACAAGAGAUCGAUACCGCCUUUGAAAAGGCACAGGAGCAAGCAGCAAAUACAGGCACGGAGUGGGGUCGGAAAGGACUCGCUAAACUGCAACAGGCGGCCUCAGAUGGACUCUUAAAGGGGCAGCAUAUGUUAAGCGAUCAAAUAGGCUUAACCUCGUCGGAACCUUCGGGACCAACAUCGAAUACGCAAGGGCGAGUUUCGUCAAAUGCAUCUGGUAGCAACCAACCACAGGAACGGACAUUAUUAUACGAUGCGUUUUCAUACGCGUUUUCGAGAAUUGGAUUAUCAUCUGCAGAGCCGACCUACUCAGGAGAGUCUACUCAAGAGAGAUCUGUAAGGUCGGAGGCGUCAUCUCAUGUAAGGAGGAGGUCAAAAAAAGUUAACAGUAAUAGUUCACGUAGAAGUGUGGCACUAUAUCAAGAAGAAAAUGUUAAUAGGAGAGUAAAUGCCUCAUCAAAUAGCAUGGACAACGUGCUGAGUGAAGAAGAACUUAAAAGGCGUCAAACUCAGGCACUAGGCUUGACAAAUUACCUAGCCGGUUACUUUUCCAAAGCAACUACUACUACUAUGUAA